AUGUUAUCACAUUUAUUUUACAAACAGUGUGUUUCCUUAAAUUAUUUCUGUUCUCGUUCUUCACACAUAAAUCAUGUGACUGUGGUGAUUGGAUUUGAGUGCAGUGCUAAUAAUAUUGGUGUUGGUAUAGUAAAAGACGGGGAAGUCCUGUCAAACACCAAACACACUUAUAUCACCCCACCUGACCAAGAUGAGCUGAUCAGUAGUCCUGGACAGCUGGCCAAACACCAUCGUAGUGUCAUACUUACUGUCCUCCGGGAAUCACUAGAUGAGUCCGGGCUCAAACCUGCAGAUAUUGAUUGUGUGGCGUACACCAAAGGGCCUGGAAUGGGGGUUCCUCUGAUAACAGUGGCGAUUGUGGCCCAGACAGUCGCCCAGUUGUGGAGGAAGCCACUUGUGGGGGUGAAUUAUCGUAUUGGGCACAUCGAGAUGGGCCGUUUGAUCACCAGAGCCUAAAACCCCACCGUGCUGUAUGUGAGUGGAGGUAAUACUCAGGUUAUUGCAUAUCCUGAACACCGUUACAGGAUAUUUGAAACUUUAGACAUUGCUGUGGGAAACUGCCUGGACCGGUUUGCCAGGGUCAUCAAGAUAUCGAAUGAUCCCAGUCCCGGAUACAUAAUUGAACAGAUGGCAAAGAAGACACUCCAUGUGAAGUGGUGCUGAUACAGUUCUACUCAGCAGUCAUUGAGUCUCUCCUCUGCACUUAAGUAACUGUCUGGCUACUAAAUCAGACAUCAGAAGACUACAAAGGACAGUUCAGACUGAUGAGUGGAUUACUGGUUGACCCCUGCCCUUUUUUCUUUUU